UUGUUUAGCUCUAUGGAAGACUGGAAGGAUUGGAAGUAAACAAAGAUUUUUGGCCGUGUAUGGUCUGUGUGCGAGCUCCGGAUGCGGUAACAAUUGCGACCAAUUAGAGAAGAAGAAGAAUUUCUUGUCUGCAAAGUCUUACAAAUUUGUGCUUAAAAUAAAAGUGUAUCACACACAUACACACAUUACAAAUUUAUUUUUAACAUAAAAGUGUAUUAAGUUUCUAAACAUGGCUCAACUAAACGGUUUUAAGCAUAUAGUGAUAGGUGGUGGUACUGGCUUCAUAGGAACACAGCUAAUAAAAUCACUGAAUCUCGCGGGUGUCUCCUGUACAUGUAUUUCUCGGAUGCCGGGACCAAACAGAAUAUCAUGGCAUGAUUUAGAGCACUAUGGUCUACCGGAGAACACAUCAGCUGUCAUCAAUCUUGCCGGACAGAAUGUACUGGAUCCUAUGCAAAGAUGGUCACCUGGAUUCAAGCAGAAUGUUAGGAACAGCAGGGUGAAAACGACGAAGGCUCUGGCAAACUCUAUACAGAAUACCAAGGCUACGGUUUUCAUAACUAUAUCAGGAGUAGCAUAUUACAAACCCAAUGAUACUGUAUACACAGAAGAAAGCAAAUGCGAAUCAUAUGACUUUCUAUCAAGACUUUGUCACGAUUGGGAAGAAGCAGCAAAGUUACCAGAAGAUAGCAAUAUUAGACAAGUAACGAUAAGAUCUGGAGUUGUGUUAGGAAGAGAGGGUGGCAUGAUCAAGAACAUCUAUUUUCCAUUCUUGGCGGGACUCGGUGGACCACUAGGAAGUGGAAAUCAAUACAUGCCCUGGAUACAUAUUACUGACUUAGUUUGCAUGUUUAUAUUUGCUCUUACAAAUAACAAUGUACAUGGUAUAUUAAAUGGAGUAGCACCUCAGCUUGUAACAAACAAGGAGUUUACACAAGCGUUUGCAGCGGCACUAAAAAGAUUCGCGAUUAUACCUGUUCCAGAUUUUUUCUUAAAAAUGUUAUUCAAUAAAGAACGAGCAAAGAUAAUGUUGGAGGGACAAAAAGUUGUACCAAAGUAUGUUACAGAGUUAGGAUUUCAAUAUCAAUAUCCAGAUAUUGAACGUGCUUGUAAACAACUUGUUAAAUCACAUAUUACGUAAAAGGAUUUAUUUAAUUGUUAUAAAAACCGAUAGAGAUCACAUACAUAUGAUCAUUGUAAAACUAUUAUAGUAAUAUGA